CAUCCCUUCCCAGCCCCUGCACGGGAAGCCGGUUGCUGCUGCGGGUGGCCGUGCACCGUGGGAGGGGCCUUCUGCUAAGGCAAAUAUGUUUCACCUUGUACAGCGAUGUUGUUCCCACAUACCUUUAAAAAGAGUUCUUUCCCGUCCGUCGAGAUCUCAGCUCCUCACCCAGGCCUCGGCCUGUGUAACCAAGGCCCAGGAAUUCCAUUGCUCCCUCCGCUGCUUAAAGAAAAAGAAACCAAAAGAACCUGAACCUCAACAACUGGGGCUUCUGCGCCAUGAUAUGAGGUCACUAAAGGACUCACCAAAGCCUGCCGUUUACCUGGGCCUUGCAGGGUUGAUUCCAUUUGUUUCAGUGCCGGUGAUAAUGGCUAUCCAACAGACCUACUACCCUGAGCUGGCAUUUGCUCAAAUGACAUAUGGGGCCACUAUAGUCUCUUUUCUAGGAGGAGUCAGGUGGGGAUUUGCUCUCCCAGAAAAUAGCCCAGCCAAGCCUGAUUGGAUGAACUUGGGGAACAGUAUAGUUCCCCCUUUAUUAGCCUGGUUUGCCAUACUUUUUAAAGAUGACCUCACUCCAGCUGCAAUCAUGGUGAUAAUUGGUUUAGGGAUAGCACUGCAUUAUGACCUUGCCCUUCUUCCUACUUAUCCCAGCUGGUUUAAAGCCCUAAGGGUAUUACUAACGCUGGUGGCAAUAUUUUCAUUGGUAGUUACCUUGGGACUUAUGGAUGUUUAUCCAGAAAAGCAGCUAAGUAACAGUGCAAGUAAAAGUAAGUGAAACAUCAUAAACCAACAGACAAGAAUUUUUUUUUUCUGUCAAGCCCCUGCAGAGUUUUGUAUGAAGUUCUAAUAGGAGUAAAAUAAACUGCUUAGCUUCUCUAUGCUUCCAGGACUACAUGCUUACUUUGGGAGCAACCAGUUUCCAAGCAAGUUAAGCAAAGAAUGAUUUAUAUAUACAUUAUUCACUCUCUUUAGCUUGUUUUCAAGGCAGUAUGCAUCUUCCCUUAUUUGUACAGCAAGAGCCCAAUCCUGACUGAGAUCUUUGGGUACUACUGUAAUAUACAUUUAAAUGUUUGGGAAUAGAUUGAACUGAUGUAUUAUAAAGAAUAAUCAUUAAAACAAGGAUGGGUCAAGAGGCUUAAUUAUAAGGUGUGCCAAGUUCUGCAAUGAAGGAAUAAGGUCGUAGCUUUUGUAAACAUUAGAAGCCUUUUGGCUGAAAACCAUGGGAUGAAAGCACUUCCUGUUCCCCCUGAAAAUGGAACAAUGACUGCACUAUAUUUAAGUUUGUAGACAAUUGGAAGAUUCAUGAUGUGCAAGGUUAUGAUAUGUACAGUGCUUUUUUUUUGUAAUGCUGUUUGUAAAUACCACACCUACACCCCCAUAGGACAAGAUUCUUCCCUGACCCAAAUUCUACUGAUGAGAAAAUAUACGCUAAACAUGGUAAAUGA